AUGAGACUGAAGAUAUCUCUUUUAAAAGAACCAAAGCAUCAAGAAUUAGUAAGCUGUGUGGGCUGGACUACUGCUGAAGAGCUGUAUUCAUGUAGUGAUGAUCAUCAGAUAGUGAAGUGGAACUUGUUAACUAGUGAAACAAGUCAAAUAGUAAAGCUUCCUGAUGAUAUUUACCCUAUAGAUCUUCACUGGUUUCCAAAAAGUUUAGGCGUAAAGAAACAGACUCAAGCAGAAAGCUUUGUCCUCACAAGUUCUGAUGGUAAAUUUCAUCUGAUAUCCAAGUUAGGAAGAGUGGAAAAAAGUGUAGAAGCUCACUGUGGAGCUGUACUUGCAGGAAGAUGGAAUUAUGAGGGAACAGCAUUAGUUACAGUUGGAGAAGAUGGACAAAUAAAAAUUUGGUCAAAGACUGGGAUGCUUAGAUCAACUUUAGCUCAGCAAGGAAUACCAGUGUAUUCAGUAGCCUGGGGCCCUGAUUCAGAAAAGGUUCUUUUCACAGCAGGCAAGCAGCUGAUCAUUAAACCUCUUCAACCAAAUGCUAAAGUUUUACAGUGGAAAGCUCAUGAUGGCAUUAUUUUAAAAGUAGAUUGGAACUCAGUCAAUGAUCUUAUUUUAUCUGCUGGUGAAGACUGUAAAUAUAAGGUGUGGGAUAGUUAUGGCCGCCCGCUGUAUAAUUCACAACCUCAUGAACAUCCUAUUACCUCAGUUGCCUGGGCUCCAGAUGGUGAAUUAUUUGCUGUUGGAUCAUUUCAUACUUUACGCUUGUGUGAUAAAACUGGGUGGUCAUAUACUUUAGAAAAACCCAACACUGGCAGCAUAUUUAAUAUUGCGUGGUCAGUUGACGGCACUCAGAUCGCUGGAGCCUGUGGAAAUGGACAUGUUGUUUUUGCACAUGUGGUGGAGCAACAUUGGGAGUGGAAAAAUUUUCAGGUUACGCUAACUAAAAGAAGGACUAUGCAGGUUCGUAAUGUUCUUAAUGACGCAGUGGAUUUACUGGAAUUCCGUGAUAGAGUCAUUAAAGCAUCUUUGAACUAUGCACACUUAGUUGUUUCAACAUCUCUUCAGUGUUAUGUGUUCUCUACAAAGAACUGGAAUACACCACUUAUAUUUGACCUUAAAGAAGGAACUGUUAGUUUAAUUCUACAGGCUGAAAGGUAAUUUAUUGUGUUUAACUAUUUAAUCUUCCUCUUUGAGGCAUCAACUGGAAAACCAUUAGGUGAUGGGAAGCUUCUUUCUCAUAAGAAUGAAAUCUUGGAAAUUGCUCUGGAUCAAAAAGGACUUACCAAUGAUAGAAAAGUUGCUUUCAUUGAUAAAAAUAGAGACCUCUAUAUCACCUCAGUGAAACGAUUUGGGAAGGAAGAACAAAUUAUCAAACUCGGAACAAUGGUGCAUACUUUGGCAUGGAGUGAUACCUGCAAUAUCCUUUGUGGACUUCAAGAUACUCGACUUACAGUGUGGUAUUACCCCAAUACGGUUUAUGUAGACAGAGACAUUUUGCCUAAAACAUUAUAUGAAAGGGAUGCAAGUGAAUUUAGUAAAAAUCCCCAUAUUGUGAGUUUUGUUGGAAACCAGGUGACUAUAAGAAGAGCUGAUGGCUCCCUGGUUCACAUAAGCAUAUCACCAUAUCCUGCUAUUCUCCAUGAGUAUAUAAGCAGUUUGAAAUGGGAAGAUGCUGUAAGACUUUGUCGCUUUGUUAAGGAGCAAACCUUGUGGGCUUGCCUAGCUGCUAUGGCAGUUGCUAAUCGAGAUAUGACAACUGCAGAAAUAGCCUAUGCAGCAAUUGGUGAAAUUGAUAAGGUUCAGUACAUCAAUUCUAUAAAAAAUCUUCCAUCUAAAGAAUCAAAAAUGGCCCACAUACUAAUGUUUAGUGGAAAAAUACAGGAAGCUGAAGUUGUGCUUCUUCAGGCUGGCCUUGUUUAUCAAGCAAUCCAGAUCAAUAUUAAUCUGUACAACUGGGAAAGGGCACUGGAAUUGGCUGUAAAAUACAAAACACAUGUUGAUACAGUUCUUGCUUACCGUCAGAAGUUUUUGGAGACAUUUGGUAAACAGGAAACUAAUAAACGAUACUUGCAAUAUGCAGAAGGUCUUCAAAUAGAUUGGGAGAAAAUCAAAGCCAAAAUUGAGAUGGAAAUUACUAAAGAACAAGAGCGAUCAUCAAGCAGCCAGUCCAAUAAGAGUGUGAGUCUACAGCACUAA